AUGUCGGGACCCACCGAGCCAGAGGCAGGUGCCCCCUCCGUCUCGAACGAUCAUGCUGUCAAGCAGGAAGAGAUCAACGGCACUGCAGCCGUUGCAGAGCUCGAGGCAGAGGCUGCAGAGGAGACCAAUGGCUCGACUGAAGUGAGGGAAGAGGCCAAAUCUGAGUUCAAGGCAGAAGCUACGGAGGAGACCAAUGGCUCGACGGAAGUUGAAAAAGAGGCCACGUCUGAGGUCAAGGUAGAGGAUGCCAAUGGCUCGACUGAGGUGAAGGAAGAGGCCGAGUCUGGGGUCAAGGACGAACCCAUUGAGGAGAAUGGGGACGCUGUCAAGGCAGAGAUCAAGGAAGAGGACCGAAAGGACGUCAAGGCGAGAGUCAAGGAGCGCAAGCAGCGUACUUACGAUGACGGCGUCUUGAAAACCUCGGCGCAAAGCAUUCCCGGCAAGAACAACAGUAAAUACAAUCCUGAACUCUUGCCCGUUUCCGAGGACCACAAGAUCAUCCGCGCUCAGGUCGAGUUCUACUUUUGUGACUCUAACCUCCCCACUGACAAAUAUCUCUGGGGCUUGACUGAUGGAGCUUCCAACCGGCCCGUUCCUAUCGCUACUAUCUGCUCGUUCGGCCGCAUGAAACGCUUCCAGCCCCAAUCUAAUGUCGUUGCUGCUCUCCGAGGAAGUUCUUUCCUCGAGGUCUCUGGCCCCGAAGGAGGUGAGCAAGUCAAUCGCAAAGUUGCAUACGACCCUACCACUCCAGCAAGCAAGAGCAUCCCUCGUUCCAUCUACGCCAAGGGCUUUGGCGAUGAGGAACCCAGCUCCCAGUUUGACAUCGAGGCAUUCUUCGCUCCCUAUGGGCCAACCAGAUCAGUUCGUCUUCGCCGUACCGAUGACAAGCUCUUCAAGGGCUCAGUUUUCGUCGAGUUUGAGGAUGAGGAGACUGCCGAAAAGUUCAUGAAGCUGGACCCCAAGCCUCUGUGGAAGGGUACCCACAUUCUCAAGAUCCAAACCAAGCAAGACUACAUGGAGCAGAAGGAGCAGGAGAUCAAGGAUGGCAAGAUUCAACCUCAACUGCAACGAUAUCAUAACGGCAGAGGUCGCGGUAGAGGUCGUGGACGAGGUGGUGAUCGUGGCGGCCGAGGCGAUCGGGGCAACCGAGGUAAUCGGGGCAACCGAAGCAACCGAGGUGAUCGGGACCCAGAUGACUGGAAAAAGCGCCGUGAGGACGAUCGUGCUUCUGGCUUCAAGGACAACCACCGAGGGCGAGGAGGUCGUGGUGGCCGUGGCGGACGCCGAGAUGACCGUGGAUCAGGCCAAAACCGGGGGUCUGAGAACAAGGUGCCCAAGUCAGAAGAGAACGGCGGCGACAAGAAGCCAGAGGUCAAGCCAGAGGUAAAGUCCGAGGAGGUAUCGACGAAUGGAAAGCGUCCCCGUGAGAAUGACGACGGUGCAGAGGAGCAGCCAGCUAAGAAGGUUGAUACCAAGCCCAGCGUUGCUGCUGAAGCAUGA